AACCGAGGGAACAAAAUUGUUUUCGCAACCAGCGCGAGCGAGAGACAUCUAAUCCAUUGUCUCGUACAUCUUCUCCCUCUUUAAUUUUUUCCUUUGGGGAUCUGUUUCUAGCUUCACGAACCCUAACUCACACAGUCUCCGUUCCCUCCCGCUAGAAGAAGAAGAAGAUAUCUAUCUCUAAACCCUAGUCGAGACGACGAACAACCACAACAACACAACAGACCUUGAUUCUACUGUACAUUGAAUCCCUAGACUUCACACUGUGCGUGUAUGAUAUUAGAUGUAAUGAGAUUGCCGGAGAGACGCAUGAUAAGGAAUAAUGAGCAGACUUUCAUUCAGGCCGCGUCCUCUCGACAUUCAUAAAAAACUUCCGAUUGUAAAAUCCGUUAAGGAUUUCGAAGACGAUGAGCCUAACACUUCCUCUUCUUUCACUCGUAACUCUCAGCUCCUACGCCUUGCUGCUGCUGACGUUGACACUGAAGUGCAGCAUGUUCCUACUAAGAAAUUAGCUCCGGAAAUUCCUACGCCUCAGUUUGUUAUUGUUGAUACUUAUGAAAGAGAUUAUUCCCGCACGUUCUCUCAGCCGACUUCCUAUCUUCGCGCUAGGGGAGCUCGAGCUGAGAUUGGGGAAUUUGUUGAGUAUGAUAUUGACAAUGAGGAUGAGGAUUGGCUGGAAGAGUUCAAUGAUGAAAGGGAGAUACUUUUGCCUGAAAGGUUCGAAACUCUUAUUUUCAAGCUGGAAGUUUUGGAUCAUAAAGCUCGGGAAAGGGCAGGGGUUAUAACUCCUACUCUUGGUUCACCAAUUCCCGUGCUUCUACAAUUUGAUGCUGCAACUGAGGCCAUGCAAGCUCAAAUUCAGUCCAUUCGACAUGCAGUUUUCCAGUCUGUUUAUGAUUAUUGGAAGAAUAAGCGUGAAAGAUGGCAGAAGCCUAUUUUGCGACGAUUGCAGCCUCCUCCUCCAGGAAAUGAUACCAAUCCUUACAAUGUCUUCAGACCGAGGGAGAAAGCUCACAGACUACAUACAAGAAGGAUGCAAAGAAGGGAAAAUAAUGUGCAGUCAUUUGAAAAGCUUCGCCAGGUCAGGCGUAACCUUGACCAAGCCAAGACAAUACUUGAAGCUCUGAUUAAGCGUGAGGAGAAAAAGAGAGAGGCAAUGGAGAAUGAAGUAAGUCUCCAAAGGAUCCAAAUGAAAUAUAAGCAUGAAACUGAGCUUCUUGAUGAAAGCUUGGUUCUUCCUGGAUUCCCACCUAUCACUUCCAAGUUUGCUUCUAGUGAAGAUGAAUUUGUAGAUUCAGAUGACUUGGCAAACAGUCGUCCGCGUAUCCGACCCGCCGCAGUUCAAAAUCCUCCUUUUGCAGACUCCAUCCUUACAGUACCUACGGGAAGCAUGCUAGAAUUCAGACGGCGACAAGCCUCAUGUGGAUGGCUUAAUAAAAUGGAUCCUCUUGAACCAGUUCUGUUAUUUACAAAGGCUCUUGUUCCAGAAAAGUUGGCGGCUGCAGGAAUUGUACCGCCUGUAGAUUCUUCAUUAAAGAAUGGAGCAUCCAAUGCCUCUUACAGAUUCCACGGAAGAAUUGGCCGAGGUGGGCGUAUUGUAUUUGACAGAUGGAACAGAUUUGUGCACGAUCCAAUUGAUCUUAGUAAUUCUUUUUACAUGUCUCCAAGACCCCGGCCCUCAGCAUAUAAUUAAUAGAUAUAUCGAUUAGUUGCGGCAUCAUCUUGCAGUGGCUUGUGGCUCUCUGAAUAUAAAUUAGUGUUUAGUGUAAUUAUGCAAUGUACAUCAAGAAAUAUUUGUAGGCAUUGCAGCUAGGUUUUGGGGGCAUUUUAGGUUAAGCCGCUGCUCAUGUAACCAUUUAUUUUCCAUGGCUUAUGUAUUAUAGUUGCUGCUCAUGUUUUCUUC